AUUAAAGAUAAGAAGAAUUUGGCUGUAUGUGAAAAGAGAAACGCCAUAGAAUUACAGAAGAAGAAAUAAAUCUUCUGACGUAUGUCAUUUUGUCAUUAUUUUGACAUAAAACUGACAUUAAUUUAAUAAAAUAAAAAGACGCCUACUAAAUUUAUCAAUUUUACUAUUUUUUAAUUAUUAUAAGAAACUAUGCUGGUUUUAGUAUUAGGGGAUCUUCACAUUCCGCAUAGAUGUAGCAGUUUACCAGCCAAAUUUAAAAAGUUAUUAGUGCCUGGUCGAAUACAACACAUCUUAUGUACAGGAAAUUUAUGCACGAAAGAAUCGUACGACUAUUUAAAAACGUUGGCUAGUGAUGUACAUGUAGUGAGGGGUGAUUUUGAUGAUAAUCUUAACUACCCGGAACAAAAAGUGGUAACGGUAGGUCAAUUUAGGAUAGGAUUAUGCCAUGGCCAUCAGGUUGUACCAUGGGGCGAUCCAGAAUCUAUAGCAUUAAUACAGAGACAAUUGGAUGUGGAUAUUUUGAUUUCUGGACAUACACACAAAUUUGAAGCUUAUGAACAUGAAAAUAAAUUCUAUAUUAAUCCUGGAUCUGCAACGGGGGCCUAUAAUGCUUUGGAUACGUCUAUAACGCCCUCUUUUGUAUUGAUGGAUAUUCAAAACACAACAGUUGUAACAUAUGUAUAUCAGCUUGUAGGUGAAGAUGUAAAAGUUGAAAGAAUUGAAUAUAAGAAAAAUUAAAUGGCUUUCUGUUAUUAAGUUGAAAAUAUAUUGUGGACUUGUUUAAAUAUAGUAUGAGUAAUCCAUUUACAUUUGUGAAAAUCUAUUGUAUAAGAAAUAAGAGUAUAAAAUUACUAAUACUAUAUUUAUUUGAUCAAGCAUUUAUUAAAAAAUCGUAUUUAAGUAUGAUUUUGUUUCUAAAUAAGUGAAAAAGUAUCUUAUUGGUGC